GUUUUAUCUGUAAAGUCAGGAAACCUUCAGCACGACAGCAACAGAAAAGAGUGCCUGCGUGACUGAGGAGUGUCUAUCCUCCCCCUCCCCUGAGAGAGAGAGGAGAGAGAGAGAGAGAGUGGACUGGGGUCUCCUCAGGUGUUUGGCUUCAGUCAUGGCUGAGAACUCAGAGAAAGUACCGAUUGCCUUGGCGGGACCAGAGGACCUGCAUCAGUUCAUGCCUCCGGUCUACAAUGUCCACUACAGCAUGAGCAUCAAUGGCAAAGUGGAAGAAGGUUCAAUGGAGAUCGACACUGCCAAUAACAUGGAGAGAUUCAGCACCGGCAGCGGAGCAGACGAGGCCGUGGAGGUCCAUGACUUCGAGAUUGGAAUCACAGGGAUCCGGUUUUCAGCAGGAGAGAAGUGUUACAUCAAGACACAGGUGAAAGCUCAUCUACCAGACGUGGAGGCUCUGAACAAGGAAUCGAUGACGUUUGAGCUGGAGGAUGAAGUGAUCCCGGCCAAGUUCGACGAUGAUUUGAUCUGGGUAGCAGCUGAAACACCCCUCUCGGACUCUGGUUUCCUCAGCAACAAGAUCAAGGACUUGUGCGGCGACCUGCCAAUCUUCUGGCUCCGUCCCACCUUCUCGAGUAGCGGCCAGAGGAAGAGGAGGGCUGCCCCCCGUCAGCGCCGCCAGGCAGCCGGAGCCACAGGUCAGGAGGUGGAGGAGGACGUGGAAGCGGAGUUCAACCCUGAGAACCCCUAUCAGAGAGGCCUCGAGGGCGAGCAGGACAUGAACAUCGACCCCAGGCUGGACCACGAGGGCGUGUGCUGCAGAGAGUGCCGCCGCGGCUACACCCACUGUCAGAGGAUCUGCGAGCCUCUCCAAGGCUUCCACCCGUGGCCCUACCACUACAGGGGCUGCAGGGUGGCCUGCAGAGUUAUCAUGCCCUGCAACUGGUGGGUGGCACGCAUCCUGGGUCUGGUGUGAGCCUCCCCGCCCACGUGAGAGAUGGUAGAGUGCAGGAGGGAUGGGGGAGGAGAGAUAGGAGAAGGAUAAAGUUUAGAAAAGGAAGAUGGUGGCUUCUCAUCCUCAGCAGGUUGCUGUGACCACACAUUAUCAAUGCAUGGUAAAGAAUCUAGGGCAGUCAUGAUCUCACACACACACAUACACACACACACCAUACUCUUGAUUUCCAUCAAGAUCACACAGCUUAUGAUGUGCAGCUCUACACCACAUAAAAAGGAAGCAUGUAAAACUACCCGCAUUUAGGAAAAGCAAGGUGAGCUUGUAUUUUUAGCGCUGAUAAGCAGCCUUUUUCAUUCAUUUUUUGCUUUCUGUAAAUAAAUGUGCCUUCAGCCAAUAAUAGCAGUCUUAACUUGCAUCUUAAACGCAUGUUUUCCAGCCCUUUAUCUCUCUUUCGCCUUCAUGAGAAGCUCUCAUUAAAACAAUGUACUGCACGUAUCGUCUCAGAAACUUUCAUCUCCAUGUAAAGCAUUGAAGAAGUGAUCUCGAAGUGCAAUAUCACUGA